AUGGCGAUGGUGCUGGAUGCAUUUGCAUCCUACGUGGGACACAUGCUCGCGCAGCUAGCAGCAGAUGGUGUGGGGACGAUGCUGGGCGUCUCCGGCGAGAUCGACAAGAUGGCCGACAAGCUCCGGGACCUCAAAAACUUCCUGGCUGAUGCGGAUAGGAGGAACAUCACCGAUGAGACCGUUCAAGAGUGGGUGGGACAGCUCAAGCGUGCCAUGUAUGAAGCUACCGACAUCCUCGACCUCUGUCAGCUCAAGGCCAUGGAGCGUGGAUCAUCUACUACUCUAGACGCAGGGUGUUUCAACCCCUUGCUCUUCUGCAUGCGGAAUCCCUCCCAUGCUCAUGAGAUCGGCACCCGCAUCAAAAAGCUCAACAAGAGGCUUGACUACAUCAAGGAGCGAAGUGCUGCUUUCAACUUCGUCAAUCUUGGAUCCUACAAGGAUCAUAACAACAAUGUCCAUGGCUUUCGCCAUGGUAAUCCUAGCCAAGAGACGGUAGGGGACUUUGACCGGUCGGCUAUCGUUGGAGACAAGAUUGAAGAAGACACAAGAGCACUGGCGGCCCAAAUCAUGCAGACGGGAAAGGAUGUCAACAAUGGCAUAAUGGUGGUCGCUAUCGUAGGUGUUGGUGGGAUCGGCAAGACCACCCUCGCUCAGAAGGUCUUCAAUGGCGAGGCAAUCCAAGGUGAAUUCAGCAAAAAGAUAUGGUUGAGCAUCAACCAAAACUUCAGUGAUGUUGAUCUGCUGAGAAGGGCCAUCAUCGAAGCCGGAGGAGAUGCCCAACCACCUGAAAGUGCAAAGACCAGCCUUCAUGAGACCCUCAAGAACACAUUGAUUGACCACAAGACCUUUCUGGUAAUGGAUGAUGUGUGGAACCAUAGAGCAUGGGAUGACGUGCUGAAAUUACCCUUAGUCAAUGCUGCAGCUUCAGGCAGCCGAGUCCUCGUCACUACCAGAGAUGAAGGUGUUGCCCGAGGGGUGAAAGCUAUCUGGCCGUACCACCAUGUCGACACAUUAGCGGCUGAAGAUGCCUGGUCAUUGCUCAAGAAGCAGGUAUGCUCAAGUGAGAUAGAUGAAGACCACAUCAAUACUCUAAAGGAUAUCGGACUGAAAAUUAUACAGAAAUGUGGUUGUUUACCAAUUGCUGUUAAAGUAAUGGGAGGACUCUUGCGUGAAAGAGGGGGGCUACGUCGUGAGUGGCAGCAGGUUUUCGAUGAUUCUAAAUGGUUAACAACUAAAAUGCCCGCUGAUCUCAACCAAACAGUAUUCUUAAGCUAUGAAUAUAUGCCUUCUUACCUGAAGCAGUGCUUUUUAUACUAUUCUUUUCUUCCUAAAAGUAGAAUUUUUGAUAUGGAUCAAGUCGUGGCAAUGUGGAUAAGCGAAGGAUUAAUUCAUGGAAACUCCAAUGAUUUAGAAGAAUUGGGAAGAAAUUACUACAAGGAGUUGGUAUCUAGGAACAUGAUAGAGCCAGAUAAAUUGUAUGCUGAAUUAUGUGUUUGCAACAUGCAUGAUGUUGUUCGCUCAUUUGCUCAGUAUAUGACUAAAGAUGAAGCACUCAUAGCUCAAGACGGAGAUAAUGAUAUUCUUGGUAAACUUGGUUCACAAAAGUUUCUUCGGUUGUCCAUAGAAACUAACCGAUCACAAUCAGGUGAACUUGAUUGGAAAUCUCUACACGCGCAGCAAUCAUUGAGAACAUUGAUCUCAACUGUCCAGAUUAAGAUGAUGCCUGGUGAUUCAUUGGUUACCUUUUCUAGUUUGCGGACUCUGCAUAUAGAAUCUGCAGAUAUGGCUGUAUUGGUUGAAUCAUUGUAUCAACUCAAGCACCUGAGGUAUCUUGCACUAGUAAAUGCUGAUAUAUCUGUACUUCCAGAGAACAUUGGCAAGAUGAAACUGUUGCAAUUCCUUGUCCUUGUUGGAUGUAUAAAAUUGGUGAAUCUUCCUGAUAGCAUUGUGAAGCUUGGCCAGCUGAGGUUACUUUCACUUCCAGGAGCAAGUAUGGUACCUAGAGGGUUCAGUGGUCUGACAAAUAUGAGGAGACUACAUACAUUUCGAGCCCACAUGGAUGGUGAUUGGUGCAGUUUGGAUGAGUUGGGGCCUCUUUCCCAACUCAGAGUUCUUGAAUUAACUGAAUUAGAGAAUGUAUCUGCUGCCUCAUUUGCUGCUAAUGCUAGGCUCAGUGAGAAGAUGCAUCUUAUCAAGCUAUUACUGGACUGCACCAGCAAACUUGGAGAUGAUGGGUUGGUCAAAGAGAAGGAAGGUGUCUCUGAGGAAGAGCAGCAACGAAUUGAGAAGGUUCUCGAUAAGCUCUGUCCUCCACAUGGUGUAGAAUUUCUUGCAGUCAAUGGGUAUUUUGGCCGGCAACUCCCGAGCUGGAUGAUGUCCACAUCAAUGGUGUCCCUCAACAACUUGAAGACUAUAUUUUUUCAUGAUCUGGCUUGUUGCACACAACUUCCCAAUGGGUUGUGCCAGCUCCCCAAUCUGCAAUUUCUACAGGUCUCUCGUGCUCCAUGCAUCAAACAUGUUGGGACUGGAUUCGUGCAGGCAGCAGCAGCUUCAUUUCCAAGGUUAAAUGUAUUGAAGUUGAACGGCAUGGUGGAAUGGGAGGAGUGGGAAUGGGAGGAGCAAGUAAAAGCCAUGCCCCGUUUGGAGGAGCUUGUGCUCUUUAAUUGCAGACUAAGGCAUAUUCCUCCAGGCCUUGCCUCCAAUGCAAGCUCUUUGAAAAUAUUAGUUCUACAGCAUGUCAAGCAACUCAGCUACAUUGAGAGCUUUUCUUCUGUUGUUGAGCUUGUAGUGACUGGCUGCCCUCACCUGGAGAGGAUCACCAAUCUCCCAAAUCUGCAGAAGCUUAACAUCAUUAGCUGCCCGAAGUUGAAGGUGCUGGAGUGUAUCGCUUCACUCGAGAGGCUGCUCCUGGAGGAUUACAACAUGGAAAAACUCCCAGAAUACAUGCGAGACAUAAAGGCAAGGCAUCUGCAGUUAUUCUGCAGGCUAUGGUUGCUCUCUGCGGUAGCCUCGGGACAAUCUGGCACUGAGUGGGACAAGUUCAGCCAAGUGGAUCAUGUCAAGGCAUAUGCACGUGAUGGAGCUAACCAAAGAAAAUGGUACGUUUUGUACACGAGAGGAGACAACUGCAAGCUGGAUUCCAAUAUUAAUAGCUCUACCAUAUUUGAAGAACCCUUAUCAUCUUGUAUGAUGGGCCCACAAGGAUUCGAGUCUUUGUAUAGAAUGAGAAGAAGCACCUUCAUUUAUGUCUGCAGCUUGGUGAGGAUCCCAUUUUUGGAAUAUAUGAUGGCAAGGGAUCACACCUUCACCUUUGUUGAUGGGAGAGUGUUGUCUUUGCAAGAUGGAGUAGCUGUCGCUCUGAGAAUGCUGAACUCUGGUGAGUCGCUGGUUACCGUAGGAUCCUCUCUUGGCAUGAACGAGUCAACUGUCUCGCUGGUAACCCAGGUGUUUGUUGAGGCUAUGUGGGACCGAGCAAUGCACCACUGCAGCUGGCCUGGCCCCACUAAAAUGGAGAAGAUCAAGCACAAGUUUGACAAGAUGCACGGCCUACCAAACUGUUCCGGUGUUGUACAUACAGAUCACAUCACGUUUGGAUCACAUCAUGAUGUUGUGCUAGUGCAAGCUGUUGUUGAUCCAGAUAUGAGGAUCACGGAGCUUUGGUUGGAUGGUGAUCUCUUGGAUUCCUUUGAGAAAUAUGCUUGGCUGAAUGGUGGUAAGCUGAAGUUAUCAGAUGGCUCGGAGGUCGGGGAAUACAUCAUUGGUGAUGAAGGAUACCCUCUUCGUCCAUGGCUCCUCACACCUUACCAGUUAGAAAAUGGUCUCCCACUCUCAGAGUCCAAAGGUGAGUUUAACAGGAGACACUCUGCAGCUACAGCGGUCGCGCCGAGGGCGUUGGCAAGGUUGAAAGACACAUGGAAGUGCCUGCAGGGAGAAGGGUGGCAUCCAAAUAACAAACGUGUGAUGAACCGGACAAUCGGCGCAUGCGGCAUGUUGCAUAACAUAGUGAUGGACUUGGAGGAGGACGAGGGUGCAAGCAUGCCAAGCGGUCAGGAGUGGAUUUACGUCGAGAAAGCGUGGAAGUUAGCAGAGGAGGAUGCUGUCAGGGUGAGGGAUGCACUGUCCCAGCACAUGAUCAGAUCUGGAGUCCACACAAUGGCUGCAGAGGAGGAACAUGCAGAAGUUGCAGCAGUUGCAUCUGGUUCAGGAGAUCAAAACAAGGAACAGGGUGGAAGCCGACCACAGACAGCAGCGGAUCAGGGAAAGGAGAAAGUGCAUGAUAGCUAG